CUACGCUCGGCGGGCAGUUUGAAUUCGUGAUCGCCACGCGCGCGUUCGAUAUCACUUACGUCGUUUCUUCAUAAUAUUUAUGUGAUGUUCAAGUAUAACAAUUCAUGAACUUGAGUUUGUAUUCACGAUCCUUAUACGAUAUAACCCGUCUUAUAAGUUCAGUUUUACUGACAGAUUUUGUGUGAUUGUGCGUAAUUUUUUUUGUCCAAUUCUAUAUUCAAAACUGCUGAGACUACUCUACGAGUUUAGUUCACUAAACAGGAUCUAAACAUGUCACCUGGCGUUGCAGUGUCCCCAAGUUCAAUUUCAUCAGGCUAUGCAGCUUGUUCAUUGAUUAACGUGGACAGACAAGAUCAAAAACAGAUCCUCCGUGGUAAUUUUUCGGAAAAUAUGGAUUCACACAUGGGAAUAAGUAGCAGCAGUAGUAGCAGUAGCAGCAGCAGCAGUAGCAGCAGCAGUAGUGCUAGCAGUGUAGAGAGUGCUGAACUUUCAGAUAAAGAUCAACUUCAAGUGCAAUCCUGUUAUAAAGGCUUAAAAACACAGGUGUACGUGUGUGGAUCGAUGGCCAACUUGUACGUGCACAAUUCUUCUCCAGAGGGCAGUUGGGACUUAAAGUUCACCGGGAUCCCGGUAGUGCUGUACGACAGUGGAGAGACCAGGUCCAGGGACAAGCCACGCAUACAGAUACUUCUCGUGGAGCGCGGCACGUGUUUCGCUCUAUGGCGGGACACAAUCGACAACUUGACUUCGUACAAGGUCUCCAGCCAAGGAUUCCACACCAUGUGCUUGUCGACCGACCACACCCAGUUGAUAGGGUUGAGCUUCGACUGUUCGGAAGCCGCCCAGCAGCUGUGGUCGCACAUCGAUCGGCUUACUUCCGAUCCGGAGAAUAUCCGGUUGUCCGGCCCCGGUAACCGGUCAAAAAGCGCACGGAAACAGAAACCCAGGCCGGCCCCAGUUCGCCGGCUCCCAGACAAGUCACACAUAUCACAACCGUGCUGUUUUGAGCACAUCACCAACGUCGAGGUAUCCGACCGGUCUAGAUACUUGUCCCUGCAAAGUCUUGUGCCAACUCCAGGGAUGGUAUCGCUCGACGCACCGUAACCGAUAAACGGCGAGAACGUGACAAAGAUCUCGGAACGGUUCCGGGAGAUGGCGGUGGCGACGGUGGCGCACAUCAUAAUUUAUAAUUAUUAAUAUAAUACAAAAUAUAAGAAGGGAUCUCUGUACAUAGUCAGUUUAUUUUUUUAUUGUUGCGAGAAUCGACAAGCACGUUACAACGAAGAUUUGACUAUAAUGUUGUAAACAAAACAUUCGAUGCGUAUGUCUCGUUCCGAUCGAAUCUUUUUAUAAAUAUACAAUAUGUAAUAUUCUUUAUCCUAGUCUGCACUAAAAAAUGUAUUACACUGCAGAUAUUAUGAUAAUACGGUAUUAAUUGUAAGUAGUGUUGUCAUAACAGGAAGUCGUUCGUGUUGAACGGGAGAGUAUAACAUUAAAAUACCUACUAUGAUCCCGUAUACUAUACACAAUAAUAAUAAUAAUAUUAUAUUAUAAAAUAUGUAUUAAUUAAUAUAUAUAUAUAAAUUGAAGUCGUGAUAUUAUGUUAAGUUUAAGAAUAGUUAUGUCACCAACGGUAAAUUAUGUAUGUUCGGUGAUUAUAAACUUAUUGAUGAAAAUAUAUUAUGUUUUAUGGCAUAAACUAG